AUGUCUUUUGGAUAUCGUAAUUUUAUCUUUGUGAGGAUCUCUUUAAGAGACCGUAAAAAACAUCCUAGAGACGUAUUUAAGGGGGCUCCAGCAUGCACCACCGAGGUCAAAAGAAAAUUAGGAAAGAUAUCUCUAAUGACAUCUUCUUAUCUUAAUCACCUCUUAAAGAGGUAUUACAGACUUUCAAAAGAGCUCUUUAAGAUGAAUUUUUUGUACCCUUGUUUCUUGCUGAUACUUCGAUACCAUUCGAUGCUUCUUGUUAAGAAUCGAUACUUCGAUACAAAUAAUGAUGAUAACAAUAACACGAACAAUAACAAUAACAACAAUAAUAGUAGUAGCAACGUUAAAAAACAAAAGAAGAAUUCGAUAUCCACGCUUAAGAACAAAAAGUCGAAAAACGAACGAGCAGAUGAGCUCAAGUCGUUGGAUGGAACAGAUAGUACAACAGGCGGAAACAAUGGAGAGAAAAUAAAGAAGAGUCAGAGGCAUUUUUCGCUCAAUCUGAAGCAAACUCUUUGCAACAUUUUUAGGUUCAAAAAAAUUGGUUCACCCGAACAUCAAAUAGUUACCAAGCGCAAUAACGCAGUUCACCAGUCGGCCGACGUGAUAUUACAGGAUGACGAUGACUUGGUAGCAGAUUACGAACAACAUCCAUCCCAUCUACCAAACAACAACAACGGCAGUGCAAUAAACGGUGACCUCGACUACUCCGAGACGGCAGCGACAGCACAGAAGCUGCCGUUCUUUAAGCGAGCUCUUCCACCUCUGCCCAAAAGCAAUGGGCAUGUAGACGGUGGUCUAGAGUCACAAAACGGAGAUGGUGCACUCGCAAACGGUAUAAACGGAGGAGCACCUUCCUGCGACUCAUCGGCAAACUCGACACCUCAGACAAGAGGACAGCAUCAUGCCGCAGCAGCGGACAAUAACGACGAGCAGCCGACAAACGAAGAUACUAGCAUGGAUUUUGCUGCCAGUAUUGAAAAAGUCAAAGAUUAUGGGUGGUACUGGGGCCCCAUCAGCGGAGAGGCUGCAGAAAAGAUUUUAUCCAACGAACCAGAUGGAUCUUUUAUAGUUCGAGAUAGCAGUGACGAUCAUUACAUAUUUUCGUUAUCGUUUAGGCUGAAUAGUUGCGUGCGACACGUUAGAAUAGAACAUGAUCAGGGUAAUUUCAGUUUCGGAAGCUGCACAAAAUUCAAGUCUCACACGAUCGUGGAUUUUAUCGAAAACGCAGUGGAGCAUUCGCGUAGUGGUCGCUACCUCUUCUUCCUGCAUCGACGGCCUGUUCUGGGUCCUAUGCGCGUCCAGCUGCUGCACCCGGUCUCACGCUUCAAGCAGGUUCAGAGUUUGCAGCACACCUGUCGAUUCGUUAUUCUAAAAAUGGUGCGCAAGGAUCUGAUCCCGACGCUGCCGCUGCCCCGGCGCCUCAUCGACUACCUGAGCGCGCCCCACUAUUACAGCGAGCAGUUAGCCUGCGAGCAGGAGGAACGCGUCGAGUCGCCCGUGAGCUCUUCGACUGGCGAGCUGGAGNUACAAAAUAAAAAAAAAAAUCAACUGUCCGGCUGUUUCCCUUCUUAA